ACGACUAAAAGUUACGAGAAUGCAAUCAUGCUUUCCUCCCUCCGUACCAUCUUGUAGGCCUGUCUACCUCGACGUAUCAUUCUGUGCAACAUUGCAAAACGGCGCUAUUUAUUCAUAAGUACACCAUGGCGACCGUAACCACCGCUCCCAGCAUCCCCAACAGGCCUACCUAUUCAUGCAUACGCUGUGCUGAUCGUAAAGUCAAAUGUGAUCGCAACAUUCCUUGUGGUGCAUGUGUUAGGCACAACGUUGAUUGCAUUUAUAAGUCCUCAAAACCACCGCGAAAUAGACACAAACGUGUCAAAGACCAAGCCCUGACGGAUCGGCUUAAAGUUUAUGAAGCCCUACUCCGAGAGAAAGGCAUUGAUCCGUGCAAACUGCCAGACACUCCCGACACUAUACAACUUCAGAGAUCCAUACAUGUCAACGUUACUGGUUUAGAUGAGACCCGAUUGGCCACUUGUUCCUCCGAAGAGGCAGAAUUGAACCGAAAUGUUCAUGAUGGGCGCGUAAACCAGGAUCAUGGGCAAGCCAAGAUCAUUGAUAAUAUAUUGUGGGAAAGGAUGGUAGAAGAGCUUCCCGAUCGCCAACAUGCAUGGGAGAACUUUUCGAAUGAUGUGAGCGAUGCAGAAGAGUCCGAAAAUGAUUUCGGAUUCGUUCUUGGCGGCAGACUCAAAGAAUCUCAUAGAUCUCGCCAUCCUUUGCCACAAGGCAUACUUCAGUUAUGGCAAAUCUUCAUCGAAAAUGUCGAUCCCCUAACCAAAGUCCUACACGUUCUCACACUACAGCCGACGAUAGAGAAAGCUGCUAGCAAUACAGAAGUUAUACCGCGGAGCUUCGAAGCACUUUUGUUUGCCAUCUACAGUGCGGCCAUUAUGUCACUGAAUGAUGAUGAGUGCAACCAGAGACUACAUGAGCGACGCAAGAUCCUGUUAUCGCGAUAUGUAACCGCCACCAAAAGGGCAUUAUCGCGAGCCAACUUUAUGGGAAGUACAAAUCUUGUCGUUCUUCAGGCUUUGGUUCUUCAUCUCAUUUCGACGAGAGAAAUAUAUGAGCCUCGUGCUUUCUGGUCUCUGAUGGGCGUGGCUGUUCGGGUAGCACAAGGCAUGGGACUUGAUCGAGACGGUACAACUCUGGGCUUGCCUCCCUUUGAAACCGAAAUACGGCGAAGGAUUUGGUGGCUACUUCAGACUCACGACUUUCGUGCUGCUGAGCUUUGUGGCAUCGCCAAAUUUCAAAGCCUUCAGUUUAGUGCCGAAAAAGCAAAAUGGCCGACCAAUAUCAACGAUGACCAGCUCCAUCCUGGCAUGCCCUCACUCGUUUCCGAUACAAAUACCAUCACAGAUGCUUUAUUUGUGUGCUUGAAAUGCGAGUUUGUUGAUUUCAUUGGAAGACGCAUUGAUAACUUUAGUCGGCAAGGAAAGCCUUCUAGUCAAUGGGAACUCCAUGCCCCCGAGAGCGACACAGCAGAGAUGGAUACUUCUUUUGGAGAGAUAGAACAACUUCUCGAAACUAAGUACUUGCGCUACUGUGACCCUUCGCAGCCAUUACAUCUCAUGGCCAUGCUAAUGGUCCGAUGUUCUAUAAACACUAUGCGCUUCCUUUCACGCCACCCACGAAAAUGGUCUAGCCUAGAGCAGACACCACAGUCUGAACGUCAAUGGGUCUGGGAGAUCUGUGUUAGGAUACUCGAGCAGCACAACAUGCUUCAGUGCAACCCCCAACUCAAACGAUUCGCGUGGUAUGGAGCGUACUUCCAACAAUGGCAUGCCAUCAUUCAUGUGCUGGAAUCCCUCCGAACAAGUCCACUCAUGGUUGAUGCCGAAAAAGCAUGGAGACUUAUCGGCAGUAUGUACGAUAACGCGGCUGAGAUGACCUUUGACAUGCGCAAACCAAUUCAUGCUGCUGUAGGCAAUCUCUGCUUAAAAGCAUACGCCGCCCGUGAAACCGCAAUGCGGAAUAGUAACAUAGGUCCUCCCGCGUUACCACCUUUCAUCGUGCAGCUGCGCCAACAACGCGAAAAGGCUCAGGAUAGGAGACAAGCGCGCUCUACCAAGAGCAGUCAGCUCCCGAACCUUGUUGAUGAUGGCCAGGCAAGAGUUUCUCGAACUCGCCCGGCAACUGAUAUUGACGACGUUUUUGUGGACGAAACCUCGAAGUCUGCGACCACUCCACGCAAUACCGCGUCCGAAACUUUGGGCUUUGACCAAACUAACGGUACGUCUGUACUUUCUGAGACCGAACUGUUUUGGUUUAACCAAGGGUUUGAUGAUUCCCACUUUGAUCAUACGAAUGAUGCGGUAGGCAUGGACUUUGAUUUCAUGCUUGAUCAAGAUCAUGAUGCAAAAGGCAGUACUACGCAUGGUAUUUCUUGGGAUCAAUGGGACUCCUGGCUUGCCGACUCUAAUUUGAUACGUUCUCUUUCCCCAGAUGGAAGGUUCUAGAGAUGGUAUAUUGAUACAGGCUUGGCGUUGCUUCUGUAUGUUGAUGGUAUGCACUGGCCACAGAAUUCCGUUUCAGACUGUCAAAAGCAAUAUGACAUAAUAUUUGAGUGGGAAUUGUGCUUAGUGAAUCAACUAAACCAAAC